CCGUCCUAAGUGAGCGCCAAAGCUGCACCCGGUGUACUGGAGCUCCAGGCCCCGUCCGAAAAGACUCACCUGGCGCGACCAGCGCCAUUAAAAUCCGCGGUGACCUUGGGUAUUCAUCGGGUGUGCGCUCUGACGGCUUGAACAGCUCCGCAACAACCUUAUAGUGACCACCGGGCGGUGUAUAGAGCAUGGAGAUCCAACAACACAAGCGGGUGGCCAUCACGUCGUCCUUCUUCCCCGUGGACGAGAGUCUGCUUCCCCAAUUGAACAUCUCGCCAGCACAGCAUGAGGAACUGCGUCGAUAUGCACUGCAAGCGGCACUGGACACAGUCCGCGACGGACCGACGUGGGGACGCUCCAACAUCGAGCGUGCCGUAUCUAGCGGCUGGAAGGUGCUCUCAGCUCGACCCACGGCUUGCUUCAUGACGAAGCGACAAACCAAGAAGAAGAAGAAGAACAAACGACAGACACAGCAGAGGGAACAGGUACAAGAAGAAGACGAUAAACGGAUGACGCCUCCAACUCCACGCGUCACGAUCCCGGGGGUCACGAGCCUGGGCAGCUUCCAUGGUUCCGACAUCGUUCGGGGCCAGAGAAGCUUCCAACCUUUCGCACCUGUUCCCUUAGAAGCCGCCAGUGGGCAGCACUUUAUGGCUCACGCAGUGCUGCCUAACUCACUGGAAGACGUCAUGAACACGCUGUACUGUGAACACACGCGCGAGAUGCGAGCAUUGAAGCGGAAAGUAUACGGUGAAGCAGCUUUGGAUUGCUGCGUCUUACAGACUCUCGAAGGAGCUACACUCGAAGACCCGUUCUGGUAUUUAGGACUCAAGUGGUUGGCUUUACGUUCACCUAUGCAAGCGUUGAUGGCAAGUCGAGAGUUUGUGUAUCUCGAGCAUCUAGGCACGCACGUGGACCCGGAAACAGGACGUCGGAUGUUGUAUCGAGUGACCCAGUCCGUACACGUUCGAGGAUAUGGCGGACAGGACUCGUACUUCGGUCUCACACGUGGACAUAUCGAAGCUGCGUUCGUGUACUGGAUGGACGACGAGAAUGAAGUGAGAAACCCCUUGUUGCACGUGUGUGCUAAGGGCAGAAUCCACAUGAAAGGCAGUAUGCCGGACGCCGUUGUGUACAAGUAUCUCAAGUCAUUUUGGCGCUCUGAGCGUUCGCUGUUCCCUGCUAACAGGUCGUCUGGAUCCUCACUUGGCGUCACUAUGACUGACCAGGACGGCGUGGAGCAACCACCGAAGAAAUCGUCAAAGAAGAAGAAGAAGAGGAAGUCAAGACGUCGUAGGGUUCCGACCGGUCCACCGCUUGAGAUGGCGCACGAAUGGGUCGCUGAUGAGCUCCGUCCACGUUGCUCUGUGUGCAACAAGAAAUUCCGUCUUGUAAGACGCUUCAAGCACCAUUGUCGGGCCUGUGGUGAAGUUAUCUGUCGUGAAUGCACGUUCCAAUACCGCGUCAAUGUUCGUGCAACUCAAAGCUUCCGUGGUUUGCGCGGCACUAUAGCAACGCCGGGUGAUCUCGCCUCGGACACUAAGGCAGCCGCGGAUGAGCCUCCAUCCAUGAAAUUCGACGAGACAAUGACCUGUAGCUUUGACAACCAAGUGGAGGAAGAAGAAAGCAAAGGAGGGGAGUUCGACGCGAGUUUGAGCUUGGUGAAUGCAAGGAAAGCUGUCAAUGGGCCGCUAGAGACGGCUGUGCUUGGUGGUGACUCGAUAGUGUGUGUGGUGAUGGCCAAGGUGUGUCUCCGCUGUCUGCACAGCGUCCCGCUCGUGAACAAGUCUUCACAACGGCGAAGGCACAGCGAGAUGGCACUCAAUGGAGCGCUCCCUGCUACAAGCGACACAGACUUUGGUUUGACUUCGGACUACCACCUGCGUCCUCAAACCUGGACACCGGACAACAGGGAAGUGGAAGAACUCGACGGUCUUGACGACGAACCGGGUCAAACUGGAGGCGAACUGGAUCUCCCGAUGCUGGUAGUGGAUGAUGAGGACAACGAGAGUGUUGAUGGUCUUGCUGAGAUGAAGCGAAGACCGGGAUCGUAUGCAUUCGACGUGAGAGCUGGGUCGUCCAUGUAUGUUCGACCAGGCUCAUAUGCUCAAGAGUGGAAUGGACAUGAGGACGGAGCGCUCGACAGUCAUGCUAACCACGAACGUGUGGUGAUUCUGUCUCCUCACGCGUUAUCCACUUCGUCCUCUGUUACGUCAGCACAGUUGAAGGAGUUCAUGGAGAAGGACGAGAGCAGCUACGACAGCAGUCAACACAGCGGCGAUAUCCCCAGUGAUCUCGACAAUGAUGACAACGACUCCAUCCAGUUCUACCCGACACAGACGAAUCGUGUGUCGGACGAGGAGUCCAAGCCCCCACCUGAAGACAGUCACGGACGCGUGAGCAGCUACACGGCAGGCUUCGACCCGAACAGCCUGUUCGAGCUGAAAGAUGAGGAAGAUGAACUCGCUGCUAGCGCUGCAACGGCUAAAGCCACUGUGAGCGCUACCGAGCGAGUGUUGCGCCGUAUGCGCGACCUACAGGACGAAGCCCUGUACCAAACCCGCCAGAUCCCGUCGCCGUCGCCGUCUACGACUUCGUUGUUCAGCGAAGACGACGAAUACAGCGAGAUCGACGAGCCCAUGCAAGAUCUCCGUCAAGCACUCGCACAAGUGGAAAGCUCGCUGGCGGAUCAAGCUCGUAUCCUUUUUACCAUCGAACAGGAGCGCAAAAAGGAGGCAGCAGCAGCGGUCUCCACAAUUACCGCUGCCAAGGUGUAAAUGGAUGAAGCGUUAGAGUUCGUACGAACAUUUUAUUCACUGUAUUUCGUUUUUUAAUCAAGCGUGUGCUAGAAUUUUUUGUCACG